ACUUUCCACAACGAUGUAACGCAACACAUUUCGAGAAUGAACCAGAAAACCCGUCAGCAAAGCAAAAGAACAAUAAAAAGUACCAUGUAAUCAACAGCACCGUCAACAAACCGAUCACACAACGUCUUCCGUCCAUGCGUCAGUGAUUUACAGUCUGUGAAAUAUCGUGUAACGAUUUUAACCUAUUGUGCAACCACGAAUCUCCAUCUAAUGAUGAUGAUAGAAAUGAUAAAACUACAAAGCAAUUAUAUGUAGCACGCCUAGAUUCAACCGCUCGAAGCUUGUGCCAUACAGCAUACAUCGAUUAAGAAGUGAUGGAAGUUUGCUGAAAAUUGUUGCAUACAAAACUGGAUGAAUGUUCAACUUUAACCGUACAAAUGAAUGUGUGCCUAAUGUUUGUGAUUUUCUGAUGGAGCUGCUCAUGAAACUUGUAUCGUUUUAACCAUUUGUGAUCAUGACCUGCUGAUGUGAAUUUUGUGGCAAACAACUAGCAGCAUUGUGAAACAAAUUGAGUGCCAAUCCAACCCGCAGGACUUGGAGUGAACUUUGCGUGCCAAACCGCACCGAAACUCGUGCAAUAGAAGUGAGAGAAGGAAGAGCGAGAAUGUCUGCAUCACCUGAAAUGCAUCAUCAGCACCAGCAACAGCUUCAGCAGGAAGCUAACGGUGCCGCGCCGUUGCAGGGUGAGCUAAAGUCUGCGAGUGCUGAAGGAACACCUCCGCCAGAGCUGGCCACUAUGACGACCGUGAGCGUGCUGGAUCUGCAUAAGGAUUAUAAUGGUGGUGCUGGUGUUAGUCCCGGUGGGGCAGCUACAGGGUCAGUCACGUCACCGCACACCAUCGUCCACGAUGGUGCCACCGAUAUGAGUCUUCCGGACGACGGGACGACGGAGAAGGUGUACGACAAGGAGACGAACACUGUGUACGUCUAUACGACGGCUGCCGGGGCAGCAGGACAUAAGCUAGCUGCGAAUGCACAUCACCAUCAGCUGACUACGAUCGUGCACGGUCAGCAGCAGCAACAGCAAAUGCACUCACCGGAUCAGCUGCAUCCGAGCGAACAUCACGCUGUCGCCGAACAGAAUCUGCUCCAUGCUCGACUGAUCCAGCAGCAACAGCAGCAACAGUCAUCGGACGAGCAACAGCAGCACUUGCAGCGAAUGUCCCCGGUCGAUCAACAUCAGCAGCAACACCAUCAGCAGCACCCUCAGGUGCACCCGGACGAUGGUAGCAUCAUCGAUGGGCAUCGUUUGCUACCGGCAACCAUCAAUGGUAACGAUGCUGGUGAUCCACAGCAGCAGCAGCAGCAGCACCAUCAGCAUCCGCACCUCGGUCGAAUGUCACCGGAGGAGCAUCAGGGUGGGGUACGGUUGCUCGAGGACAGUCACAUACAGCGACUGCUCGGCAAUCAGGAAAUUAUCAGUCGAGACAUCAUAAACGGUGAGCAUCACAUCAUAACACGCAACGAGAACGGGGAAACGAUCCUGACCCGCAUUGCCAUCUCGACCGCUGACCAGCUGCUGAAUCGGAUGGAUAAUAGCAUCAUCUACACCACGACUAGCGGUGGUGGCGGUGCCGGUGGGGCAGUCGGUGUUGGCCCUCAGGAACAACUACCGACCACGGUGCUACAGUACGAGAAGGACGUGGAGGACAAACAUCAGCAGCACCAUGGUCAUCCACACGCGGCACCCCACACGCAUCAACCGCAGACGAUCUACACGACGGCGGCCGGUGGACCCGCACCGGACCAGACGCAGACGAAGCAGAUCGUGUACACGCUCGGCGGUGGUGAACCGAAGAACGUUAUCUAUGGUGAUCCGAAGGCAGCUAUGCCACACUUCGAGGCGGUUCCGGGUGCCGGUGGUGGUGGUGGUGGCGGUGGCGCCGCCAGUGGUCCCGGCGGAUCGGGCGAGGAAGAUAAACCUCAGAUCGACUACGUGUACAACGAGGGCAACAAAACGGUGAUCUACACCGACCAGAAGGGGCUGGAAAGUUUGUACGCGAACAAUGAGCUCGGGCUGAUCGACGGUACGCAGAUUGUGGUGCAGGGCAAUCUGCAGUACACGCAGCAGCAGGGCCCGGACGGUACGACCGUGUACGUGGUGUCCUCGGAUAUGAACCCGGAAGAUAUUAGCGGCCUUCAGCAAAGGUAAGCGAAGGAUGUAAACUGUGCUCAAUCAACCCGAGCAAACGAUUCAUCUCCAGACCUAGCGUGUGAGUG